CACAUCUCUCAACAAUAAUAAAAUGUUUUUCUUUUAAUUUUCUCUUCUUCGUUUUCCACACUUUAAACCUUAACAGUGGUGCCAGAGCUUUGCAUCUCCAAUGAGGCAUAAGUUUCCGGGUUCCCGUUGUUGCUUCCGCAAUUCUUCUUAUUAUUUUAGGGUUUGUCUAACCUUCAAGUUAAAAUUUAUUAAUUAAGGGACUUAAUCGUGAUAAGGACUAAAAUUAGGGACGAAAGUGUCAGGAAGAUAAAACUUAUGAACUAAAGCACAAAAAAACCCUAAACGAAGUCGUUUUGGUGUAUGGGCGAAAAACAAAUAUUCUCACUUGCAGAGGAUGGGCGGCAAGAGCAGAGGCCAGAGGGGAUUACUCCCCCUUCCUCCCUCAUCCAUCACUUCUCCUUUCCAUCCCAUGUGAGAAAAACUCGUCUCCUACUUCCACCGCCCUUUUCCUCCUAUCAGAUUGCAAGGUUUGGAGACACAUCAGCUGUCCAUUUCCUCCAUCUCACGCGCUUGGAUCAACUUGCAGGCCGCAGGGAAUCUAGGGGGUGUAGGUACGCGGCAGAUCUAGGGUGAGGAACAGUUGAGAUUGAGAGAAGGUAAUAGGAUGGCUGGGGCUCUCUUUCAAGCUCCUCGAAUUUUGCCUAUAAAAGAAGGUUUUCGGGGAGCAGAAGGGGGGAACGAAGAGGAGAAGAAGAAGACAAACGAAGAAAAAAAAAACAGAGCGUGGAAAAAUGAUUUAGUAAGUUCAGGGAGUACUUGAAUUUUCGGUUUGAGGAAUCGAAGGCAGAAGGGAAGUUCGAAUUCUGUUUCGGGAUCUGAACGUUAUUGCCGACUAUAGGGAUUUUUAGCUUCAGUUCAUUUUAUGUAAAUCACAUACUGAUAUUGGAUUAGAAAUCGAGUUUGUUGUUAAAUUGAUUGUAAUUUUAUUUUGAAAUUGUGAUUGGUGGUUGUUGCUGAUUGAGUAUUCUUUUUUUAAAGGACAUAGAAUAAGUUUUUUUUUUUGAG